GUCGACACAUGGAGAAUAAUUUUUCCACUAACUUAGCAAUUUUGUAUAAUCUACGCGAUCUAUGAUUACGUCUUGUACACUAUAAGUGUUUUUGUAUGACGCGCAUGUUCUACUCGAUAUCUGUCUGUGGUCGUAUAACGUAGUUGGCAUUUUCAAUUUUUUGUUUUUAUUGAUUAUUGCAAAUGAUAAAUACGCCUUUCAGAUUGAUAAUUAGCAAUCUUUUAUUAUGUUGAGCAUUCCAUCGCAUCGUCGCGUUGUCUACAGUGCAACAUCACGUUUUAACGCGCAUGUAAUCAGAGUCAGCUUUUUGGAUGCCUUUUUUGACGAUUAAUCUCAUCUCGUAAAUCAAACAUCAAUAAACCCAGAUAAAACAUCUCAUGCCUCAAUAUUUGUAAUAAUUUUUGCGCGAAUUAAGAAAAGUAAUUAGGGAGCCUGCAGACGGUAUAUAUAAGCGAUAGAUAAAAAUUGUAUCUAUCCAUUUCUUUGAAAAAAAAAAUUAUUGAAACAGAUCUAAAAUACAUUGUUUCUCCCCAUUUUGCACCGCGAUAACCUCGCAGCUUAUAAUAUUUCUAAUCCCAGUAUGAUAGAGUUUGAAUCACAUAUAUUGUAAAAGUUUGCUGUAUUCACUAUUUCCAAAGCACCUCAGGAAACCGCAGAUGAAAGACUCGCGCGCAGCUGUUCGUCGUUAAAGAAAUUGAAGAAAGAGAAAAAUACAACGUGUGCGCGAGGAGGCAAAGGAGGAUAUACAGCAUUUACUCCGAAUGGAGAGUGAAAGAGAGACAAAGCAGCAGCACGGCAGCAGCGGAUGUCGACACGUCACUGCAACCAUUGAGCUACUGAUGGUUGUGUGCGUAUACACGAGCACACUAGCGAAUCCAACGACGUGCGCGACAGAAGACACAAGCGAUCCAUUCAUGCUCCUGUUGCUCCGAAUUAGGCGCCGCCGUAGUCGCCGCUACAAUCAUCGAAUCGUAUAGUGUUGCUGCUUUUAUCCUGCUGGUCGUUGCCACUUGGUAUUAUCGCAGUGCAUUACACUGCGUUUUUUCGCUCCCUCUCUCUCUCGUGCUCUGUUUAUCCCGAGUUGCCGUUUCGGCAUACGAGUGUGUGUGUGUUGCGGUGAAUUUCUCCACUCGACGAUCAACAACUCCCACUCGGUGCUCGACAGUCGUCCGGCCGUCGCCACUACGUUUGUGCUGCACCGCCAAGCAACCUUCUAAUAUUUGCCUCUCUCGCGUGUAGGUAUCUAUUUGUUUAUUUAGCGGUUCCGAGGCCCUCCUCUCUUAUGAGUAUAGUAGAUAUCACGAGUAGGUGCGACUGAUUGAGAAUUUGCUGGUGCGAUUUCGUUCGCCACAAAUAUUUAUACACAACUGCCUUCUCGGAUAUGGCUUCCUUAUCUCUGCCUCGAAUGCUUCAACAAAGAAAAACUAGCUUGGAUUUGGAGCGAGAACAUUUCGAGAAGUUCCAGCUUUGCAGAUAGUGCAUGUCACCAAAAUAACCUUUGAUGCAGCAUCAUAGAAUAUUGAGGUGAUCGGAUUAGACAAGUGAAUGACAAGAGAUUGUAUGUGCUUUAUAAUCUGCCGAUUAUCACUUAUUCUUAUAUUCUUAUUUUAUAAUAACUUUGUUGACAUAUUGCAAAACUAACAUGUCUGUAUUACCAUUUAAUGAGAAGCAAAUGCAUCAACUGAGUACCAGUAUUGCAAAAGCUGUUAAUCCAGCUGAAACAAGAGUGAAAGAAAAGCAUGUGCGCAUUGCAAUUAUAGGUACAUAUCAAGAAAAAGGAGCUACAAUUUUUUGGACAUAUAUUUUACGUCAGCAACUACAAGAACAUAGAAUUGUAGCUUGGAAAUUUUGUCAUGUCUUGCACAAAAUUUUACGCGAAGGCCAUCCUCGUGUCAUACCUGACUCUCAGCGUCAUAGAGGCAAAUUAGAAGAUAUUGGCAAAUUGUGGCAGCAUUUGCGAGAUGAAUAUGGUCGUUUGAUACAUUUAUACAUACGUUUACUGAUCACAAAAUUAGAUUUUCAUAGGCGAAAUCCUCGCAUGCCAGGAAAUCUACAGGUUACUCCAGAGGAACUCGAAGCUAUUGGAGAAAAUGACAUAAAUGUUUAUUUCCAAAUGACCGUUGAAAUGUUUGAUUACAUGGAUGAUAUUCUUAAUCUGCAACAAGCUGUUUUUGGAUCUCUAGAUUUAUCACGAUCUAACUCAAUGACACCAUGUGGCCAAUGUCGCCUUGCACCAUUGAUCCCAUGUGUUCAAGAUGCAUCAAAGCUUUAUGACUACUGCGUAAAAAUGCUUUUUAAAUUACACAGUGCGCUUCCUGCUGACACGUUAUCUGGUCAUAGAGAACGUUUCCUUAAACAAUUUAGAGACCUAAAGAGCUUUUAUAAUACAGUCAUGCACAUGCAUUAUUUCAAACAUCUAAUUACCAUACCAUCAUUACCAGAAAAACCCCCUAACUUUUUAAUUCAAUCUGAAUUAGGAACAUAUGUCACUCCUGUAGUAGUUUUACCACCAGAGGAACCUAUUGAUACUGAAGGAGCUCUAAUUGAUACCUCAGAUACUAGCUCACUUUCAGGUGACCCAGCAGAUUCUACUCACAAUGGUUCAAUUUCACCUGAUGUUUUAGCCGAAAGAGAUAGCUUAAUUGAACACUUUCACCAAGAAAAUUCAAGACAAAGACAGGAAUUGCAACGUUUAAUGGUUGAACACCAAAACGUUAUCGGGGAUUUACGGAAUCGUAUUUUAGAGCUUGAAUCGUUGAUUUCAGCUAAGGGAAAUGAAAUUCUCCAAGAAAAACAAUCAUCACAAGAUUUAGCAAAACAAAAAGAAGAAAUAUUAGUAAUGUGCACAGCAGCCGAAGGGAAAAGUAAAGUAUUGGAAGAAAAGUUUCAAAAAUUGAAGGAUGUGUAUGCCAAAUUGAGAGAAGAGCACAUAAAUUUGAUUAGAAAGAAAGCGGAAGUCGAUAAACAAUUAGGAAGCAUGAAAUUGAAACUGGAUCAGUCUGAAAGACGUACUCAGGAAGCUGAACAAAGACUACAGGAGCAAGUACAAGGACAAGCUACCGUAGAACAAGAAGCGCAAAGAGUCAUACAGGCCCGAGCCGAUUUAGAUGAAGUAAGAAAAGAAUACGACGCAGCCAAAACUGAAAAUUUGAGCCUUCUUGCCAAGAUUGAUUUUAUUAGCUCCGAAAAAGCUGCUGUGGAAGGAGAAUUACACGAUUCAACCGCUCAAAAGGAAGAAUUAGAAUUGAAAAUAUCAAAUUUGCAAGCUGAAGCUGAACGUUCUCUCGCUCAAACGAAAGCUGAUUCCGAUGCGGCCUUGUACGAUUUGCUUUUGAUGUGUUUAUCGGAAGCAGAAUCGAUUUUACAAAACGCUAUGCAUGUGGUUGAUAAUCCUGCAGUCUCUGCAGUUACAUGUACACCUGAAUAUCUUAGUAGUCUUGUAAAGCCUACAGACGACGCAUUGGGCAAUUUAAGUACAGCCUAUAGCACUUACAUGACGGAUACCGCACAAAGAGGGCAAUUAAUUCGCAACGCUAUUCACACCGCCUAUACACUUUCUAUUUAUUUGAUGCAAGCCAAAUUUACGUCUAAUACGUCCAAAGACAUUUCUUUUGGAGAUAGAUUAACAGAUGAAUGUAAACAACUUGGGUCUCAAGGCUUGAUAAUGAUCAGUUACAUGAAAGAAAAAUCAGAGUCUACCAUUGAACAAAUUGAAGUUGUAAAGAAACAAUUGGAGAAAAUUUCGGGUUUAGCAGACUCUCUAUCGAAAGUAUUAGGUAACGCAGAAGUAAUUGGUGAUCUAGUAGAAAAUGAAUUGUCAAGUAUGGACAAAGCUAUUGAAGAAGCAGCUGCCAGAAUUCAGGAAAUGUUAGACAAAUCGCGUGCUGCAGAUUCUGGAGUUAAAUUAGAAGUAAACGGCAAAAUACUUGACUCGUGCACAGAAUUGAUGAUGGCUAUUAGAAAUUUAGUAAAAAAAUCACGCUUUUUACAAAUGGAAAUCGUUGCUCAAGGCAAAGGCACAGCAUCGGCCACUGAGUUUUAUAAGCGAAAUCAUCAGUGGUCUGAAGGUUUGAUUUCAGCAGCCAAAGCUAUUGCAAUGGGAGCAAACUUUUUACUAGAAGCAGCUGAUAAAGUUGUUUCUGGCAAUGGAAAAUUUGAGCAGCUCGUAGUAGCAUCUCAAGGUAUUGCUGCUUCAACGGCCCAGUUAGUUGUAGCCAGUAGAGUAAAAGCAGAUAGAAACAGCACCAAUCUUUCUGCGUUGUCUGAAGCAUCUCGCUUAGUAACACAGGCGACUGGAGGUGUAGUAGCAACUGCCAAAAGUUGUAGCCAGCUAAUCGAAGAUAAUGAAGACAUGGAUAUCACUGGAUUAAGUCUACAUCAAGCAAAACGAUUAGAAAUGGAAGCGCAAGUCCGAGUUUUGGAAUUGGAGCAAGCUCUCGAGACUGAACGCUUGAAAUUAUCCGCUUUACGUCGUUAUCAUUAUCAAAUGGCUGGAGAGAAUGACAGUUAGAUAAGUAUUUUGUAAGUUAUUAAUAUGCAUUUAAGAACUGAACAUGUGAGAAACGAAAUAUCUAAUAGCUUGUAAAUAUCGAACUAUUUUUCUCAAAGAAAGUUUUAGGAUUCUCGUACACACACCUUAAGUGAAUCAAUUUCGCUAAAAGUAUUUUAGCAUUAAUCAAUUUUCAUUUAUUGUGUGGAUUAAUUGUGCUAAUUUUUUUGUUUAAUGCGAACAAUCAAAGUAGUAUUAAUGCCACAGUCAAGGUUGCUGCCGCGACCUUUGGUUAAAUAUUAAGUUUUUAAAAUAAUGUUUGUUAUGCGAGUAAAUCUAUUAUUUCUUGUACCAAACAAUGACUUUGCUUAGGUAAAAGCUUGAACAUGAGUUUUUUUAACAAAAAAUUCAUAUUGAUUAAUGAAUACGGCAUCAUUUGAAAAAUUAUGUAAAUAACUAAAAACUGUUAAAUUCAAUGCACUUUACGUUAUUAAAAAUAUAACAUUAUGCUAAAAACAAAAAUAAAUGAACUUGGAUGAUUUUUAGCACAUUUUGUAUGUCAACAUUGAAUUACUUUAAUCAAUAUUCAGGACAACAAAAAUAAUAUAUGAAAAAUUCUUUAUUCAAUCGAUUUCAAAUGAAAAUUCACAUCACAUAUUUUAAUGCACUAAUUAUUAUUUUUAGAUGUAGUUAUUGUAAGCAUGAUAAAACAAACCACUUAUCGUUUACAUAAGUUCUUCUUUCAAUAAAAUUUAAGGAGUAAUUUUCGUGUAAGUAUAAUCAGACACCAUUAGUAUUAAAUUAUUUGAUAACCAAGCGAAAUAGUUUAUUUUUCGAGUUAUAUCUUUGUUAAUGUAUUCACUUAAUGAAAAAAUUCUAUAUAAAAAAUCAAAUUAUGAAUAUAAAGUAAUGCAGCAAAUCAAUGAAAUUUUAUUUAUGGGUGCUUUCAUAAAGUUAUAUUUUAGUUAUGACAUGAUUAUGACAUUGGACUAAUCUAUAUAACAUCCACUUUAUAAGGAAACGUGCCUUUCGAGUAUAAUUACGUAUAAUGUAAUGUAUGAACGUAUUGGAAAAUUUAACGUAAAAUGCGACUUGAAAUGGUGUAGUUAUAUAUAUAUGACUGUGUGUGGGUGUGUGUAUGAAUGUAUGUAUGUAUGUAUGUAGGUAUGCAUGACGUAUUUACGUAUGUAUGCAUGUGUGUAUGUAUGUAUGGAUGUAUGUAUGUAUGUAUGUAUGUAUAUAUGUAUGUAUAAACUCAGAACAAACAGUACGCCGUAAACAAUAACAUGAAAUUUUUUUAUACGUACUAUAGUACUUUAAUUCUACAUUUUUAUUGAGUGUUAGAAAUUAGAAAAAACCGAUGUAAUUUUGUUUUGAUUUAUAUGUACAUUGUCAAUUUUCAGAUGAUUAAUUGUAUUUCAAAAUUAUGAUCAAUUUGUAUUAACAUUCUAUUGAUAAGUAAAUAAUAUAAAAAAUUUAGUAUAUGUUUCAACAACGUAGUUUGUAUAACAUCCAAAGAGACUGCUCUACAAAUAUUUGUGGAUUGAACAUUAAUGAUUAAUUAAUUGGAAAAUAAAGAUAGUAGAUUGCUUGAUGAUGAAAGUAUGAAAAUAAUAUUCGUAAAAAUUUCACGAAAUCAUUAAAUAAUAAUAUUCAUAAAACAUUCUUUAAUUUAACGUCCAACCAAAUCAAAAGUAUGAUAAUUUGCGUGAAUAAAAAAAUUAAAUGUUUGAUAUCUAAUUAUAAUGAAUAUAACCAUUGUUAAUGUGAGAAAUAUAGGUUACACAUCAUGAUAGAUUCAUGCUUGUUUAGCUAGUAGUAUUUCACAAAUACAAACAAAAACAUAAACCUCAAUUCUAAAAUGGAAUAUGAAAUCAGGUAUUUCAAUGAUAAUUCAUGAAAGG